UACAUCUGAGUGUGUUCCAAAAAAAUGAAGUUCUGUGGUUUACUGCUGUUGUGUUUAAUCGUGGGAGCGCUUAGUUCUCCUCUAUUGGAGGUUUUGAGCCGUAUCCGGCGUGAUACUACCUCGGCACCUGCGGUGAACUUCGGUUUUCCUGUAUUUGGAUCCGGUGGAUCGUGGCCCGGCUUCGGAGGAGGCGGUUUUCCAGCGGCACAGAGUGGAGUUGGUGGUUGGCCUCAGGUCGGCGGGGGUUUUGGUGGUGGCGGUGGUCUUCAUGGCCGAUUCAACUUUGACGAUAUGCCGAACGUUGAAGGAGGCCAAGUCACAAGCGGGGUAAGUUGCACAUACUCCGAAGGUGGAAAGCAAAAAUGCACCCACCACCAACAUCACGAACGCAAGAAGAACUAACUUUGGGAGGAUAAAUGCUAUGCUCAUCUGUACCAAAUCGUUUGCUGAGUAGGUGAUAAUCGUGAUUAAUAAAU